CUAAUAACUCGCAUCCCUACAAAGCUCUGAUAGUUGCCUCCUAUUUUCGAGUUGAAGAAAGUAAGAUAUCAGCAACUACUAGAGUUGAAGAUGGCUUCCAAAACCCCUUCUUCCCUUCUUGCUCUUUUCCUCACACUCAACAUCCUCUUCUUUGCCAUUGCCUCUGCCACUAACCCAAAGCACGGAGGUUAUGGUGGUUCCGGAGGUCAUCAGUGGCCAGGUGUUCAGGAAGCAGGAGGUUCUGGUGCCUCAUGCCCUCGCGAUGCACUCAAACUAGGAGUGUGUGCCAAUGUUCUAAACGGGUUGCUGAACGUCACGCUGGGUCAACCACCAGUUACCCCUUGCUGCACCCUCCUCGAUGGUCUCCUUGACCUUGAAGCUGCAGCCUGCCUCUGCACUGCCCUCAGAGCAAACAUCUUAGGUAUCAACCUCAACCUUCCCAUCUCACUCUCCCUCCUUCUCAACGUUUGCUCAAGGCAGGUUCCACGUGAUUUCCAAUGUGCCUGAUCAUGGCAUAUACACAAUUCCUUCCCAUCAUCGUGUUUUCUAUUCAUUCUUUCAUUUCUUUCGUGCUUUCUUAUUCAUCAAGGGUGUGAUUCUUGUACGUGCAUGGAUGCUUAACUCCAUCUUAUCAUGUCACUGUAGUGUUUUCUUUUAAUAAAUUCCCAUGCUUCUUAUGUAAAGCAAAACAGUCAAACAUGUCCGUCAUUAUUUUUUAACUGAGAAAUGAAAAUGUUUUUACAAGUAAAA